GGUCCCCUCUCCCCACCCCACCACCUCUCCAAAAAAAAAAAAAAAAGAAAAUACAACUGGGUGAUGGGAAAAGGAAUGUGAGCAGAAGGCCUCACUAAAACGGUGACACUUGAGAUGAAAGACAGGAAGUAAACAGCAAUAGGAAUAUUUUGGGGCAGAGCAUUCCAGGAGGAAACAGCCAGUGCAAAGUCCUGAGGGAGAACAAGAUUACCAAAUUUGAGGAGCAGCAUGGAGGCCAGUUGAUACCAUGUAAUGAUGGAUUGGGGGUGUUUUGGGUGGUAGAACCCAUAGUCUUCACUCAGUUGGGUAGGAGGGGGCCAGGGAUCCUCUUAUAGAGGGAGGGCUGGAAGUCACCCUUCCACUUCAAGGGUAAGCAGCACUAUGGAUCUUCACAUGAUCCAUGUGAGCCCUGCUGAGAGGACAGGGAGAACCAAAACUGUGCUCCAGGGUAAGUGCUUCAGAUACAUGAUUGUAUGUAUGUUCUUGAUGACUGCCAGAGAGGAAUCAUUGUUCUGUCAAGAAAACAGAGGCCAGAGAAAGUUGAUCCUUUACAUAAGGUUGUAAGAGUAGUAGUGGAAGUUCUGAUCUCCAAUCCAGUUCUGUCUACUGGCUACCAUAAGUGUUAUGUGUGCACCUUUAUGGCACUGGGUUUCAGUUGUCCAACAUCCACAAUCUCUAGUGCUAUCAUGUCACCCAGUGGUGGGUGUUUGUCUCACGUUUGCAGGAAGGUGAUGGCCAGGCUGUGGGUAAAGAUCUACAGAGGUGAGGCCUGAAUAGAGUUGCACAGUGUCUCCUUUUAUGUCAUGGCUGCCAUGCUACAGACUGAGCCUGUGAUGGCUAUUCUGGAUGAAGGCCCCAAGGCCUGUGUACAUAUAGAAGUGAUAUAGUUCCCUGAGAAGGCUGCUGGACUUAUGUACUAGUGGAAGCACGCUCUUGGCUGAGCUCUAUCACCAGGUAGAUAGUCUAGGCUGACCCAUGUGGGUCACUCCGCCCCUUCUGAUGGCUAAGAGCUGCCCCCUCUAAAUAUAGCCCAGCUGGCUGAGCUCAGGCCUAUUUUAAGCCUAGAUUGGAAAGUGGCCAGGCCUUCCCCAGGCUCCCAGAGAAGCUGCUGCUGCUGCUUUGUCCAGCCCUGCUACUGAGCACCCUCAUUGGCCCCCUGACUACCACUUGCCAUGCAUGAGAGGACUCAAGAAGGUAGGAGAGGGUGAUCAUGAGGGAGGGCAAGGCCCCAGUACUGUUACCCUUGAACCACGGAGAGACUCACCCUCUGUCCCACUGAUCUCAUUGUUUGACUAGUCAUCAAUUUUCAUGUCCCAGCUCUAGUAAAAGGACCUAUCCCAUGGAUGGAUGAAGAGCCUUCCAUGCUUAGAACCCUUUCCCACAGUAGGCCCUAUCUCAGUUUUCCCUGCAUGGAAGGAUUGGGGAAAGCUACCCACUAGGAGUGAGUCAACUACAGGCCACUCUUAGUGGGUGUGGGUAUCCGGACAGCUGCCUGGCCAGUGCAGCUAUUCUUUCAGGGAGAAAACUGGGACUGGGGGGUAGGCCCAUUUGGGCACUGCCUAGGGACGGAGCAGUAGAUAGGCCUAUGGCUUCCCCUAAUUUAGGACUAAAUAUUCCCCAACUAAGGGUUGAGUUCCCUUAGUCUGGACAGACUGACUCAGCUGUUCAAGAGCUUGGUGGCCAUUCAUCUAACUGCUUUACUAAUAAAAGAAGUCCUGAGGCUCAAAGGAGCCAUAGCAACAGGAAUCUAGGAAGCUACAUUUGAAGGCUGGCCAUGUCACAGGACUAUGGUUCUAGGCGAUAGCCCACAAUCCAGCUUGGUCAAGGUGACUGGCUCUCUCAUCACAUUUCCAACAUUUUAUACUACAGGGGAGUGGCUUGAACUCAGACACUGUGGCAUCAAUGCACAGCCAGAGGAGCAGGGGGCCACUGGACCCCAACCAUGUGCAGGAGGUGCAUCUGCACAGAGUGGAGUCCAUCAGUGACCUGCACAGUGGAGGAUCCCUUCGUCCCUAUGUGGCUGAAGAGGCACGGCAGUGGGAUGAGCUGCUAGGUGUCUUGCCGCCAUCACUGUGUACCCAGGCUGGCUGCAGCCCAGUGUGUGACCGUGGGGGAUUCCUAUUACUGCUGGCACUGCUGGUGCUCACCUGCCUGGCGCUUGCAAUCUUGGCUGUCUACCUGAGUGUGUUGCAGAGUGAAUCCCUGCGGGUCCUAGCACACACACUUCGAACACAGGAGGAGACUCUGCUCAAACUCCGCUUAGCCAGUCUCAGCCAGCUGAGGAGGCUGAACUCCAGUGAAGCCCGAACACCCAGCUGAGAUACCACUUGAACUCAUGGUCUGGGGUUCUAUGUGGGGGAAUAAAGCAGCCAUGGGCAGGCCUCUCCUCUCCCAGUGCUGGUCUACACUACUUCCUUGGUGAAAUUUUUGUACAAGAGCCUGAUGUGACUCUACAGCUGCCUGCCUCCCUCUCCUGACCUCUUCAGGCCAGGUCUAGAUAAAGCUAAGCUUUCUGAUGUCAAGGACCUGAUUUGGGUGGCUCAAGGUCACGACAGGGCACCAGCCUCCUGGCUUCUCCUGUGGCCUGUCAGCACCCUCUGGCUACCCCUAGAUGGAAGGUUCAGAAGUCUAGAAAUAGCUGCCCCCAUUACAGUGAUUGCCAGGCCUCCCAGUGGGGGUCCAGCCUCAGUUCUCAAGGACAGGCUGGGUUCUGAGUUGAGGUAAGGGAGCCCCACUUGAGGAGAGACUGCCAUGGAGGGCAAAGGUGAGAUGGGGGAGACCCAGCUGGCCCAAAUUUGGGAUGGUGGAUAGGGAGGGAGAGCGGGCCGAAAUACCUAGGAGUCAAGGCCACAAGAAGCUGAGCAUUCAGUUUAAUUAUCUCUUAUAUAAUCUUUAAAAAUCUGCACAAAUCCAUUCCAGGUCGCUUUGCUUCCACACCUACUAUGAUGGCAUUUGUCCAGAUGCCAGUCCCCCAAAGAAAGUGUAUCACCCCAGGGGAACAAGGCCUAAAAAAAGGAAAGGGAGGGAUAGCUUCCCUACUGACUACCCUGGGAGAGGCACACAUUUGGCCUCACCUGAGAAAGGGCAGGAAGAGGCCAUAGGGUUGAGUGCAGGGACAAAGGCCAGGGUCCCAAAAGUCCUGACCCUUCACCCAUCCACCCUAUAUCUGUUUUUGGUUUUGCCAUUAAAAAAAUAAAGUGACAAUCACUGGCAGA